AUGCGAGACUCUGCUCUGGCUCUCAUAGCUGAUGGACAUCUUGCAUUUACCCUGAGUGUGACCCCAAAAAUCCGUUCCGAGAUGAACUCCGUCCCACUUUGUCGUGGUUGUGUUCGACCGAUUGUAGACAAAACUUUGCUACUACUCCUGCCGUGCUGGAACCAGAACAGCCUAAUCACCACCGAUGUGAACGGAUUCGACGUGAAGUUGGAUGCAAAAACAACCAAAUUAUGGUCCCGUUUGGAGAAUUCGGAACAUCGUCGACCUCUGCGCGAGUGCCAAGAUUCCCUGAACGAUCUGCGUUGGUCCGUGCUUGAUCAACCACCCAUGGAAUGGGGAAAAAUUGACUGUUACCACACCGAAUGUUUAGCCUGUUUUGAGUGCGGUUGUCGCUUGACUCCGACAGAUAAAAGAUGCUGGAAAGUGCGGGAUUAUCGAGUAAUUUGUCGCCCUUGUCGUACCAGGUUCACUCACUGUGGCAGGUGUCGUCUACGAGUGACCAAUGACGUAUGGGUACACAAACUAGACCGGCUCCCAUUUCACAUUGCCUGCCUAAUCUGUAGUCAUUGUGGUCGUCAACUGCACCAAGGGGAUCGGUGUGGUCUGCAUGAGGAUCGGUUACUGUGCAUGGAACACUUUUUGAUCGCCGUAAAUGGUGUCGAUUUGUGUUCGCGAAGUGAUCCGGAAAGUCGAGCGAACCAGACCAUGCCCAUUCGAAUAUCAGAUGACUUACGAGAUGGAGAACAGAAGGAAAUGAUGGAACAUGAUCUAGACAGCUUGAACACAGAAAGAAAAAUUGCUGAUAACCCUAAUCCUAAUAAACCUGAUCUAAAGGCGAAUGAAUCAAAUCACCCGAGCUUCUCUAUAACUAAUAUCGAUCUACUGGGUUUGAGACCUUCUGAGCCCGAGUCCAGUUUUACAACAAAUUGUUCCCAGACACGCACCGAGUCCUCCCUACCGGUCCUAAUGAGCGCCAAAUCUGAAACAUCAACGACAGUGGAUACAUGGUACAAUUCGGAUGCUGGGGAACAGACGCCGGUAGUCACUCGGGAAUCCAUGUCCACACAACAAGUGCCCGCAGAUUGUACUAUACCAGUCUUACCCGAAACCGGGCACUCGGUAGACAGCAGCACAAGCAGUGGAUGUAGUGUGCANUCAAAAUCCAAACGCAUCCGAACCAGUUUCACUCCGGACCAGUUAGCCAUUCUUCAAGCCAAUUUUGAUAUCGAGGCCAAUCCAGAUGGUCAGGAGCUGGAGCGGAUCGCAAAUGUCGCACGUUUGAACAAACGAGUAACACAGGUGUGGUUUCAAAAUGCUCGGGCACGUAAGAAGAAGAUCGAAUGCAAAGGGAUCGGGCAAUCAAAUUCCAUGUCAUUCAAUCCAUCAAUCUACUAUCUUCAAGAGGCAUCCAAUUCUGAGGACUAUUUCGAUCCGGGUGAUGAAUCACUUCUGACGUUGUCUGACCCAAACCAGUUGGUGCUCGGCGCAGAUUCAGCUAGCACGCUCAUGCCAGCCUACACUGCUGCGCUCGGCAAUUUCACCUCGUCAAGUGCAGCCGCAGCAACUAUUGUAUCCGAGAUUCCCGUCGGUGUCCGGACUGUCGUUCCGUUCACAGGACUUAAUUUUACUCCCCCGGCCCCCAGCGAAUUGGAAUUAAUCCAACGUAAAUGUCUCCUCAAUCCUGGUAUCCACAGUGGCGGUGGUGGGAACGGUGAUCCAGUUAGCACGACAGAUCGCGUAUAUUCGAUUCUGAAUAGCGUCAAAAGUAUGGCCGUUGCACCAUGUUUUUCCGAACAAACGAACGAGAAAGACACACGUCUGAUUGCUACAAAAAGAAUAGAUUCAAUGAAUAACCAUUCGUGGCCCACCCAACCUGAUGGUUCAACUCGAACAAACAAUAACUCCAACGUGCUCGGUGUACCAUUUCUGGGGAAACCACUAAACGAAGGCUUGUCUUUCACAGAUGUUGACAUGCACCCGACAUUUCCACCAAGGCCUCCGAAUCGUUGUCUCACGGAGGAUGUUCUUCCGGAAGAUCCGAUUGUCACAUGUCGUGUAGCCACCGAACCCAUUCGUCCAAUGGCUGUUUUUAGCAGGGUUUAG